UGUCUUGCAUCUAUUAAAAAAGUUCAAAAGUUUCUUGAGAGUGAAGAGCUUGAAAAUUUACAGAUUCUAAAAGAUUCCGAUGAACAUGUCGCAAUUUUGAAAAAUGCAAGCUUCUCAUGGUAUGGCUCGACUAAAAGUUGUCUCCAAAAUUUCAAUAUGCGUGUUCCAAAAAAGUCCUUGAUUGCAGUAGUUGGAGAAAUGGAAAGCGAUAAAUCGUCUUUAUUGCGAGCACUUUUGGGAGAAAUGAAGAAAGAGGAAGGAGAAGCUGGUGUAAAAGUAAUUUUACUUUGUUUAUC